GUUGUUUGUGUUUAACCUUUAUGACGACAGUCGAAGGAUCGCAGGUGUGGUGUCGAUAUUCUUUGUGUUUAGGCCUCCGUUCAGACCAAGAAAUGGAUAAUUCUAGUAGCUAUGUUCUCGAGAACCAGUCCACUUGUUCUCCCAUCGUUUCUGCUUUGAUCACAACAGCUAUUUCUGUUGUUAGCAUUUUUUCGUUGGUCGGCAAUAUUUUGGUGACUGCAGUUUUUCUUACCAACAAAACCCUUAGGACAAGUACAAAUUAUUUCAUUGUUAACAUGGCCGUUGGGGAUCUAUUGUCCGCUGUGAGCACAUGGCCGCUGUACGCCACUGAGGGGAUGCUGUCAGGGAAACAUUUGAUCGAUGAUCCAGCAGCCACAGCUGUUUGUAAAAUAAGUCUGUAUUUCAGAGGCGUGUCACAGGUUAUUUCAGUUUUCAGCUUAGUCGGUAUAGUCGUGGAGAGGUUCGUUGCUGUAGUUCAUCCACUUAAGGCUAAAGUUCUGAUGGAAAAGACUCGACCCCGAGCUGUUUCAUUGGCACUGACUUGGAUCAUCCCGUUACUACUAGCUGUACCAUACCUCAGAUUCUUACGGAUCGUUAGGCUUAAUGAGAAUCAACCACUCUGCUCGCUUUCGUGGGAAGCGGAGAACCGCUAUGUAUUCUAUGCUAUUGGAUUUGUUAUGUUCUACUGUACCCCCCUGGUUUUGAUCAUCGUUCUUUAUACCAAGAUCAUAAAAAGUUUGAAGCGAUCAAGACGUGUCACUGAUGAGCAGGACCAAGCGCUGAAUAAGAUAAGAGCAAGAAAUCACAAACAAAACCAGAAUAUUAUGAAGGUCUUUGCAUCAAUUGUCGUGGUCUUUUUCGUCUGCUGGACUUCAAUUGUUGUAUAUCUAAUAUUACUUGAAGCAGUUUACCCAUCGCAAGACAGAGACUCUUGUUUGCUUGUACUAGGUUUGUUAUUUUACAUAUUGCCAUCUUUACCAGCAGCAAUCAACCCCAUAAUACUUUUCGUGUCGAGCACAAAUUUCCUUACUGCUUUGAAGGAAAUGUUCAAUCGUUUUUUGUGCAUAAAGUUAUGGAUGAGAGGCUCUCGUUGAACUUAAUUUGGUGAUUAACAAUUAAGGAGUGAGGAUUGUUCUUUUCAAAAAAAAUCAAAUUUGAACGAAAGCUUCUGAAU